UCCGUCCCGCCCUUCGGGAGCCGGGGUGUGUGGCUGGCUCGUCCCGCCCCUGCCUCUGAGUGACAGGACCGUGGACAGCAACAUUUCCAGCCGGACACGAAGUUUGUCGGCCUUUGCCUUGGCAGAGCUGAGUAAGAAAAAACAACAAAGAAUUUUAUUUUUGGUAUCUGGAACUGAAUUUGUCAGGAACACGAGCACAGUUUCCUCAGUAAAGACUCUGCCUUUGGAAACAUCCUGCCCCUUGGCAGCUCUCCAGAGUUCAGACUUGGCAGCAUCAAGGACACAACGCAAGCAAGGAUUUUGGAGAUCAAAGAUGGGUAAAAAAGAUGCUUCCACUAUCAAACUUCCUGUUGAACAGUAUAGAAAGCAAAUUGGUAAACAGGAUUAUAAAAAAACCAAACCUAUUUUACGAGCAACCAAAUUAAAAGCAGAAGCAAAGAAAACAGCCAUAGGCAUAAAGGAAGUUGGCCUUGUACUCGCAGCUAUCCUGGCACUACUGCUGGCUUUCUAUGCUUUCUUUUAUCUCAGACUGUCCACGGAUAUUGACCUUAACCUGAACCCAGACGAAGAUUAGCUAAGCAUCAGUCAAUGUAUUAAAAGGAAAUAAUUUUACAAAAGUAUCUUUGGGGACCAUUACUUCCAAUGCUAAAAUUGUAACGUUUUGAAUUCUUUCUGCUGGUAUUUUAAGUUUACCGAAAUAUCUUUUCAAAUAGUUGCAUAGGCUAUCA